AUGUCUACUAGCACCGAGGAUGGGCCGGCCGAGGAUCGCGUGAUGGAAAUCCAUCCCACAUCCAGCGCAGGAGGUGUUUUUUCAUCUCGCGUAUCUCAACGCAAGGCUACUCAUGGAAACAAGGCUACAAACGCCAAGGAGAUGGACUUAGAGGUCGCAUCUGUCUCGGACGCACCUGAAGUGGAGGAAAGGGACUUCCACAGCAAGCAGGUAUUCAAAGGAUGGACACUGGCAUGGCUUGCGUAUCAGUCACUCGGAGUCAUUUAUGGCGACAUCGGAACAAGCCCGUUGUAUGUCUUCUCGUCUACUUUCAGCAGUGAACCGAGCCAUGACGAUAUUGUCGGAGCCGUGUCAUUCGUCAUCUGGGCUCUCACCAUCAUGGUUACCAUAAAAUACGUCUUCAUCGUGCUCUAUGCAGAUGAUGAGGGCGAAGGAGGCACAUUUGCUUUAUACUCUCUCUUGUCAAGAUACGCUAAACUCGUUCGACACGAUCCUCGCCAUACGAAUUUCGUUAAAUUGCAGCGAUACGCCACGAACGACCUGCAAAAGCCGAAUCGAAUGACUCGCAAUGUUAUGGAACGAAGUUCAUUCAUCAAAUGGGCUCUCAAAAUUUUGGGCGCAUUUGGUGUCUCACUCCUUCUUGCAGAUGGAGUUCUAACCCCUGCGCAGUCUAUUCUGGGGGCCAUCCAAGGAAUUACCGUCGUGAACCCCAAUAUCUCUUCCUCGACUGUCGUUGGCGUAUCAUGUGCAAUUCUCGUCCUCGUAUUCAUUGUCCAACCGUUUGGAACCAGCAGGCUUGCAAGCGCCUUUGCUCCGAUUGUCAUUGUGUGGAUGAUUUUCAACUUCUCGUUCGGAAUCUAUAAUCUGGUCAUGUAUGAUGCGUCCGUACUUAAAGCAUUCUCUCCCUCCUUCGCAGGGGCGUUCUUGAAGCGGAAUGGAAGAGAUGGAUGGCUGCAAUUGGGAGGAAUCUUGCUUGCCUUCACCGGUGUUGAAACAUUGUUUGCAGACUUGGGAGCGUUUAGCCAACGGGCAAUUCGUAUUUCUUGGCUUUUAUUCGUGUAUCCUUGCCUUCUUCUGUCGUAUAUUGGCCAAGGUGCUUUCAUUAGCCGAGUACCCAGUGCGUAUGCUAAUCCGUUCUACCUCACUGUCCCGCCUGGCAUGCUAUGGCCAAGUCUUAUAGUGGCCAUCUUGGCGUGUAUUGUCGCAAGCCAGGCUGUGAUUACUGGGUCGUUCCAGUUGCUUUCUCAAGUUAUGAAGUUAUCAUACUUCCCCCAAGUGAAAGUCUACCAUACCUCAAAGACGUUCCAUGGGCAAAUUUACAUUCCUCUGGCCAACUGGCUCAUGAUGAUUGGAAGUGUCAUUGUGACCGCGGUCUACAAUAAUACCACUGCCCUCGGUGAGGCCUACGGAGCAUGUGUAAUACUUGUCUCUUUCCUCACAACCUGCAUGGUGACAGUUGUUGCGCUCAUUGUGUGGAAGCUACCCGUGUACCUGGUUCUGCCCGUGUUUCUGAUUUUCGCGCUUUGGGAUGGAAUGUUCCUCUCGGCCGCCUUAAGCAAGGUUCCACAUGGUGCAUGGUUCACGCUGAUGAUAGCUGUUGCAUUGACCUGCAUUUUCGUCCUCUGGCGGUAUGGAAAGGAAGAACAAUGGAAAGCAGAGGAAUCCGAUAAUACACCUCUAUCCCGGACUAUCGUGCUGAGUGAAAGCCAGAUCGUCCUGCGGAACGGGUCUCAGAACUCAACCAUUACCCCAAUCAGUGGUCUGGGAAUAUUCUUCGACAAAUCAGGCAGUGCUACUAACACACCGACGGUAUUCCUUCACUUUAUACAAAAGUUCAGUGCGACACCUGAGGUGUCAGUGUUCUUUCAUCUGCGUCCCCUUUCGGUGCCCACCGUUGCUCCAGAAGAGCGAUACUCAGUCUCUCGUUGCUACACAUAUGGCGAUGGUCCGAACAAACAGGCUAUUCCAAAUUGCUACAGGCUGAUCGUCCGCCAUGGAUACACGGAUGAGAUAGUCACACCUGACCUUGGAAUAUUGGUCCUUGAUCUGAUUCGGAGCUAUCUGAACUCCCAAAAUAAUUCCAAAAUACCAGAGGAUCAUGCAGACAGAUUGGACGCGCUCCAUGGUGCUUGGAAAUCUCAGGUCAUCUACAUCGUGGGGAAAGAGCAGUUGAAGAUUCCGAAGAAGACAAACAUCCCCCGUCGAUUUUUCCUCUGGGCAUUUUUGUGGAUGCGAGAUGUCAGCCGAACUAAGAUUCAGCACUUGAAUGUUGAGACUGACAGAGUGGUGGAGGUUGGUUUUGUGAAGGAAAUGUAA